GAAUGGUUAGGAUUAAACAUCUAUUUAUUGAGCAGUAAUCACGUAAUUAUUGCUCUAUAACCUACAUUGAAAAGGAAAGAAAUCGGGUAUCGAGGAAAAAAUGGUUUCCAAGGUCAAUACAAAAUUAAUUAACCCUCACCCUUUUAUCACUCCCUCUCGUCUCCUCGUAUCUCCCUUUCAAUAACCUAUCUAUGGAAACCCUCCCCCGACGUAACCUCUCCCCGCGACGAAAUCAUCACCCUUCCGGCCUCCGUUACGAUUCCUCAACGACCAUCGGCGGCCCAUCCCAUCCGUCGGCCAUCCUCCGACUUCACGCCAUAGUUCUAUCUUUUCGAUCGUCGACGCGAAGGGAUCGACAGGGAAGACGAUGACCCUCCUCACCUUUCCGGCGAAGACGACGACCCUCCUACCCUUCCGGCAUUGGCCCUCCUCCCCUUUCCGGCGAAGACGACGAAAAAGAAUCUGAGUCAGAGUAGUGAGUUCCUCGAGAAGUUGUGGAGCGGCGUCAGAUGCACGCUAGGAAAGACAAAUCGCACGGAGCAGGGAGUAGAGCACGUUUCGGACUACAAGCGAGAGCGAUUAGGGAGCUUGCAAAAUGGAGCAAUGACAAUGAAGAUAUUUAUGGUCCAGCAACUCUUAAUGUCGAGUUUCAACGAAAGUUAAAGAGGCUUGAGGUGGAAAAAUAUAUUAUAUUCAUUUGGGUAAUCAAAUUGAUGAAGAAUUUAAUGGAUGCAUAUUUUGGGAACUUUAAUGGUAUUUGGUGCUCUAUUUUCACAUUAGUAGUAUCCUUCCCCCAAUUCUUAUAGUUUAGUGGC